CCCCCCCCAACCCCACCAAUCCAUUCUGAUUCUCUCUCUACUAUAUAUAUGUGUGUUUUACGACCUCCUUUCUUAACUGAUAAUUGAAUUCUUCACCUAUUCUUCUUUUGAACCAGUAGAGAGAGAAAGUGAUUUAGGGAGAGAGAGAGCUGUUUGGUGAAGUGUUGAUUUUCAUUUGUUGCAAUACACACACACACUAUGAAACAGAGUCCUAUGUCUUCUAGCAAUCACACCUCUAAUGGAAAUGCUAGCGUUUUACCACUGGAGAAUGGCUUCAGUGAUUCACUCUCUCUGUUGAAUUCUGAGAAGGCUGUAGAAGAACUUAGACAACAGCCUCUUCUUCACGGGAUUGAUGAUCAUCUGAUUGAGUUUGCCGAGGCUUUGAGAACCGUUGCAAAAGCACUAAGACAAGCUGCCGAAGGAAAGGCUUCUGCACAAGCUGAAGCUGCUGAGUGGAAGCGUAAAUAUGAACUCGAGAGGUCACGUAUUCUGCACUUGGAGAGAAAAGUAUCAUCAGAGGAGUGUUUGAUAAAGGAAGGACGAGUUGUACCCUUGACAAACCAAACUGUACUAUCAGAUGGUGCUCCAGAGCAAUCUGAAAGGUGUUGUGGAGAGAACGGGAUUUGCUCUCAUGAGGUUCUUCGUGAUGGAGAACGUGAUCGUGAUGCCAGUGCCUUUCCAAACAAGAUGAUCAGAAAGGCGUCAUUCAAGUUGUCAUGGUGUUGCAAAGGUGAAAAAAGUGAUCAGAAAAAACAUGAUGUUGUCUCUUUUGAAAAGGGAAACAUAACAACCGCAGAGCGCAGCAGUAAACAGAUUUCUUUGAAGUGGGAAUCUCCCCCACAAACGGUGCUUAUAUUGACAAAGCCAAAUUCAACUGCUGUUAGGAUGCUUUGUUCAGAAAUGGUCAGAUGGCUAAAAGAGCAGAAAAGCUUAAAUAUUUUCGUUGAACCACGGGUGCGAACUGAACUUCUAACAGAGUCAUCAUAUUACCAGUUUGUACAAACUUGGGAAAAUGACAAUGAAGUUCUGCGUCUCCACACAAAAGUUGAUGUUGUUGUAACUCUGGGUGGGGAUGGAACCGUCCUUUGGGCAGCGAAGAUGUUCAAAGGGCCAGUUCCUCCUAUUGUUCCAUUUUCUUUAGGCUCUCUUGGCUUCAUGACUCCUUUUUAUAGUGAGCAUUACAAGGAAUAUCUGGAUUCAAUUCUUCGUGGUCCAAUAAGCAUCACACUAAGGCAUCGUCUCCAGUGCCACGUGAUAAGAGAUGCAGCUAAAAGUGAUCUGGAGACUGAAGAGCCCAUACUUGUUCUCAACGAAGUCACAAUUGACCGUGGAAUUUCAUCGUUUUUGUCAAAUCUGGAGUGCUAUUGCGAUAAUUCUUUUGUUACCUGCGUACAAGGGGAUGGUUUGAUUUUAUCGACAACAUCUGGAAGCACUGCAUAUUCUCUUGCAGCUGGAGGGUCAAUGGUCCAUCCUCAGGUUCCUGGCAUCCUCUUUACACCUAUCUGCCCACAUUCUUUAUCAUUUCGUCCUCUUAUUUUGCCUGAGCAUGUGACAAUCCGAGUACAAGUACCUUUCAACAGCAGAGGUCAUGCAUGGGCAUCAUUUGAUGGGAAGGAUCGUAAAAAGUUGGCACCGGGGGAUGCACUUGUUUGUAGCAUGGCUCCUUGGCCAGUGCCAACUGCAUGUCAAUCUGACUCGACGAGUGACUUUCUACGUAGCAUUCAUGAAGGUCUUCACUGGAAUUUGAGGAAGACACAGUCUUUCGAUGGCCCUCGGGAGACAUGAUCUUUACUAACAAUUUAAUCUGGCAAGGAAAUGAGAAGUUUCCAAAAUCCACCUCGUCGUGCUGAAGUGAGCAUCAAGAUAUCCUUCUCAGUUAUCGCAGAGGCAUUCGUGAUGUAUAUACGCCUAUACAUGCAACAUAGAAUUUAACUUUGAGAAUCUUGAGUCUCAACAUUAGGUCGUUUAUAUAUUUAUUGUUGUUUGUAACUUAGACAUAACAAUAAGAAUAGAGAAGGAAGUUUGUAUCAUUUUGUACAGUUCUACUUAUAUCAUACCUCUUGCCCUGGUUUACAAGGGAAGUCAAGCUUUCAGUUCUUGCUUCAAAAGUAUUGAAACACUGCUUGAAGCAAUUGAGAGGAACUGAGGAAGUGGGAAAAUGUAUAUUUGGAGUUCUGUGCUUUUGGUUCAUCUAAUAAUGUAACUUCUUUUGGUUCUAAAUAUCCAAUUCAUGUUACUGUUG